UGUUUUGAUGGGUUGAUACUUGAGGUUUGAUGUAAGUUGUUGUUGUUUUUAUAGGAGAUGGUGACGGAUGAGAAUGGACUAAAGUUAAGUUUCCUUUUCCUAAGAGGAUUUCGAUGAUUGGUUUUACAAGUCUACUAUUAAUAAAGGAAAAUUUCCUUUUUCUAGAUUCACACCUUCAAAUUUAUUUAUUAUGCAUCUUUUUAAAUUAAAAUAAUAUAGAUUUUGGGCAUGUAAUUUCUCUUUUAAAUAUACAAUAUUUUGUAACGACCCAGAUUUUUCUGGUGGGCCAGUUUGGCCUUUAUUAAAAAUUAAAGUCUAAUUCUCUCUUUUUACUUUGUCCCACAUUGGAUGUAUAGAAAACCUACCUCCCUUCCCUUCUCCUAUAUAAGAAACUCCAUCCUUUCUCUUUAUUCUCAUCAAGUCAAAGUAUUUCUUUGCGUGUGACGAGUUGUUGUUGAAUUAUUCGACGACCAGUCACUAGUGAAUUUUCCGGUGGGAUUUCCGGGUGAGCUUCCGGCGAGAUUUCUGGACGAGCUUCCGGUGAGAUUUCUAGACGAGCUUCCGGCGGGUUUUCUAGUAAGUUUGUUGCCUCCUUAUUUCUAGUUAUAGGAAUAUUUUAAGAAAGUUUCUAAUUUAGGAAAUAAGUUAUAUUAGGAAAGUUUCUAUUUUAGGAAAGUUUCCAUUUUAGGAAAGUUGCUAUUUUAGGAAAGUUUCUAUUUUAGGAGAGGUUUCAUUUUAGGAAAGUUUCCAUUUUAAGAAACUUAUUUCCAGAGAAGCUGAGCUUAAGUCGUUGAUUCUCGUGUUGCAGUUGACCUCAGCUGACCGCAUCUUCCGUUGUUCAUUUCAGCCUGUGGCUAAGGUGAGACUGACGAGCAGGAGUGAUUGCUAUCGGAUUGGUGCUUUGGGAGUUUUAUUUCUUUCUUUUUCAAACUUGCGGAUUUUAUGCUUUUAUCGAUAUUCUCGAGAUUUAUUAUGUUAUUUGGAUUUAUGGCUAUUUAUUGGAUUUACGACUUUGGAGUUGACUUUUGAGAAGUAAUAAAUGGAGAUUUCAGAAUUUUAUUUGUUUAUUUUAUUUUGGAAAAUACGGGUGUUACAAUUUGGUAUCAGAGCGGGUUCCGUCCCGGCUCUGACCCGGGAUGGCGAUUUGUUGGGACAUAGUUUCGACUCGGUUUUUAAUCGGUUUUAGACAUUUUUAAAAUAUUUAUGGGAAUAUGGGAGUUUUAAAAAUAAAAGUAAAUAGCACCUUUCUGUUUGGUAUUGUGUCUAGAAUCGUUGGUGUUCGGUUUCGGCAGAAGUUUAUUGAGGUGCUUUUUCCUUUCAGAUGCCGCCGCGUAAGAGAGUUGUUCGCACUCAGUCCGCUAGUGCUUCACGAGAGGGUGGAGAUGAGAAUGUGCCGCCACCGGUUCCACCGAUUGAUCAGGAUGCCCUUAGGCAGAUGGUGCAGGAUGCUGCCAGACAGGCUGCACAUGAGGCAGUUCAGCAAGCUGUCCAGGAGGCUGCUAGAGUAGCUGCACAGGAAGUGGUUAGGCAGAUGGCUGCAGCUCAGCAGGUUCCGCCAGUUCAGGUUCAGGGGCAUCAGCAGCCCCCUAUUCAGCCGGUUCCACCAGUUCAGGUUCAGGGGCAGCAGCAGCCCCCUAUUCAGCAGGUUCCUGAGGUUGAUGAGACGCUUAUGCAGGUGAUGAAACAGAUGAAAACUGUGGAUUUGGAGACUUUUGGGGGAACAGUAGACCCUUUUCAGGCUUAUAAUUGGAAGCAUAGAUUAGCUACGUGUAUGCAGACUAUCAAUUGUCCGUUGCGCCUUUGCCUUAAUAUCGCAGAGUUGUAUCUGCGUGGGAAUGCAUUAGUAUGGUGGGAUGGAGUGCAAUCGAUGCGUGAUGGCGAUAUGACUUAUGAGGAUUUCCUCAUUGCGUUCGACAAGAAGUAUUUUCCUAGAGAAGCAUUGCACCAGAAGAAGAAUGCUUUUGAGCAUCUGAGGCAGGGUACUAGGAGUGUCAGAGAGUAUGAGCGGGAGUUUUGCCAACUCCGCUUGUUUGCUGGUAAUAAUUUUGAUGCGGAGGACUUGAUCAGGAGAUUCUUAGAUGGGAUGCGAGUUGAUCUUCGCGGCAGGUGCAGUAUGGUUACUUACACAAGCUUGGAGGAUCUGGUAGAGAAGGCUGCUGUGCAGGAGGCAUGUAUUGCAGAGGAGCAGAAGUACUCUAAGGCCCAACCUAAGACUGAAAGAACUUCAGGGUCACCGAACAUGGCAGGGGAUCAGUCAGGAACACCCAGUUGUGAGCGCUGCCAUCGCUACCAUUUUGGAGAUUGCGUCAUGUGUUUUGCAUGUGGGCGGUUAGGCCAUGUGGCCAAGUAUUGUCGAUUUACAAAAGUGGAUGGUACUGGUACCGGACAGGUUACAGCACCAACGACACUAGCAGCGGCUUCAAAGAAGUGUUAUGGCUGUGGCCAGCCUGGUCACAUUUUCAGGGAUUGCCCGAGGGGGGGACGUGUAGAGAAUCCAUCACCAGCUAAGCGCCAGGCUAUCGCACCACGAGAAUUUGCAGCAAGAGGCAACGAGAGAGUUGAGCCGGCUGAUGGUAUGUAUCUUUUCACCUUGGUAGUUUACGUUUGUGCAUGUUGUCUUUUGCGGUUAUCAUGUGUUUAAAAAAAAAAAGUUGUGCUUAAGAUCAGUAGCGGCUGAGUAUGAGAGAUUUCACCUUAUUUGAUAUGGGAGGACCACAUAGUUUGGAGUGUCUACAGCGAACAAGCGUCUUUAUAACAAAGUUAAGUCAUGCUGAAGACAUCUUAUUCCUUUUCUUGGCUCAGGAUUUGAAUUCGGGGACGAAUUCCUUCUUAGUGGGGAAGAAUUGUAACGAGCCAGAUUUUUCUGGUGGGCCAGUUUGGCCUUUAUUAAAAAUUAAAGUCUAAUUCUCUCUUUUUACUUUGUCCCACAUUGGAUGUUUAGAAAACCUACCUCCUUUCCCUUCUCCUAUAUAAGAAACUCCAUCCUUUCUCUUUAUUCUCAUCAAGUCAAAGUAUUUCUUUGCAUGUGACGAGUUGUUGUUGAAUUAUUCGACGACCAGUCACUAGUGAAUUUUCCGGUGGGAUUUCCGGGUGAGCUUCCGGCGAGAUUUCUGGACGAGCUUCCGGUGAGAUUUCUAGACGAGCUUCCGGCGGGUUUUCUAGUAAGUUUGUUGCCUCCUUAUUUCUAGUUAUAGGAAUAUUUUAAGAAAGUUUCUAAUUUAGGAAAUAAGUUAUAUUAGGAAAGUUUCUAUUUUAGGAAAGUUUCCAUUUUAGGAAAGUUGCUAUUUUAGGAAAGUUUCUAUUUUAGGAGAGGUUUCAUUUUAGGAAAGUUUCCAUUUUAAGAAACUUAUUUCCAGAGAAGCUGAGCUUAAGUCGUUGAUUCUCGUGUUGCAGUUGACCUCAGCUGACCGCAUCUUCCGUUGUUCAUUUCAGCCUGUGGCUAAGGUGAGGGCUAUCCCAUUAAAUCCCGAGCUAGUUUAGUACUACUAUUAUGGAAAGUUUAGUUUCGAAACAUGAUCCGUCUCUGUGAAUUGAGUCUGUUUGAGAGUCUUGUUUGUUUAUUAUUACUAUUGAUUGUUAAACCGAAAAUAGGAUAAUAGAGGAUUCAACGGUUGACUGAAUUGAAUGAAUUAAGAACUGUUAUUUAUAUAUGUAUAUACAUAAGUCUGUUAUGAGAUUGCGGGGCACAAAGAUGUUGUGCUAACGGCGCAUUGUGUGGAGAUUGCGGGACACAGAGACGUUUGUGUUAGCGGCGCAUUGUAUGGAGAUUGCGGGGCAUAUGGACGUCUAUGCUAGCGGCGCAUUGUAUGAGGGAUUGCGGGGUACAAAGACGUUUGUACUAGCGGCGCAUAGGUGAUUGCGGGGUACAAGGAUGGACUCUUGUACUAGCGGCGCAUAGAGUUAUAUAUUUAUAUCCGUAUAAGGAGAAUGCGGGGUGUGUGAUCUAGUUAUGCACUAUCAGCGCAUUUGAUGUUUUUAUGUGGUGUAUUAGACACUGUGUUUGUUUUAUGCUAGAACUAGGCCUACAUAGUCGUAGUGCUAUGUACUGAGUCAGUGGUUUGUGGUUUAGCAUCCCAUACCUCACGGAGUAACUCCCCUGUUACUCACCCCUCCUUCUUUCCCCCUUUCAGGUGAGACUGACGAGCAGGAGUGAUUGCUAUCGGAUUGGUGCUUUGGGAGUUUUAUUUCUUUCUUUUUCAAACUUGCGGAUUUUAUGCUUUUAUCGAUAUUCUCGAGAUUUAUUAUGUUAUUUGGAUUUAUGGCUAUUUAUUGGAUUUACGACUUUGGAGUUGACUUUUGAGAAGUAAUAAAUGGAGAUUUCAGA